UCGAAUUUUCCAAUUGGAAACAGGGACUUGUCUACGAGCAUUGAUGGGCCACAGCUCAGGAAUUGAUCAUCUAUGUUUUGAUGGAACACAAGUGAUCAGUGCCGGCUUAGAUAGAACUCUUCGAGUUUGGUCAGUUCAGGAUGGACGGUGUGGGAAAAUACUCCGAGGUCAUGAAGAUGAGAUUCAGCACUUGACGAUGAAAGAGCAUCUAGUUGCCAGCACAUCCUGGGACCACACAGUAAGAAUAUGGAAUGUACAGAGAGGAGUAUGUACAGCUGUUCUAAAAGGCCAUACAGAAGUGGUGAACUGUUGUCAAUUUGACUGUCGAUACGUGGUGAGUGGAGCAGGGGAUUGCUUAGUUCUUAUCUGGUCAGUAGACAGUGGAAAAUUGCUGCAUAGGUGUCGAGGACACACGGGAGAUGUGUACUGUUUGAAGUUUAAUGAGAAGUCAAUCUGCUCUGGUUCAUCAGAUAGCACCAUUCGAGUCUGGGACUUUACAGGAAAAUGUCGUUUCAUUAUGUCUGAACAUAUUGGGGUGGUGAGGAGUCUACACCUGAAUGGAAAUCGACUUGUUAGUGGAGGUGACAGAAAGAAGAUAUUAGUCUGGGAUGUAGUGGAAGGGAAACUGGUUAACGUAAUCCAUAGAAAUCCAUCUCUUCUGCAUAAAGUUUGGGUCAAUGAGACAAAGGUCAUUACAGCUUCUCCAGAAUCACCUGGGAUUUUAACUAUUCUGAGCUAUUGGUAAAUUAUUGUAGUUAGAUGUUUAGAGAUAUCAGUUACUA